AUGACUCAGAAUCUCAAAAGCACGUACAGAGGAAGAGACAAAAACGACAUACUCUCGGGGGAAUCGAUCGUCGUCGAGAUCAUCUUCGAGAUCUUGCAGCUCUUCCUCGGUCUUCUCGUCGAGCCAAUCCUUGCCUUUCGGUUUCGAAUCUUCAUCUUCAGCGGGCGCGAAAGGGGCCGGCUUGAACGGCGCCGGCUUCGGAGGCAGAUUUCCGAGUUUCCUCUGAAUAUCAUCCCACUGCGUCGAAGCUCCUUCCAAAUCCUUGUACACGAAAUGGUAAUCCGCCAUUGCUGUGAAUUUGGGCAGAACGGCAUGAUUUUGUUCAUCCGUGACUUAAGAUUUAUGGACCUCAAGAACUGCUAUACUCAGGUUCUUAAGAAGAUUGGCAUUGAUUAUCCUGAUCUAGAAACUUUGGAGAGUUAUGAAUUUCAGUUUAUCCGCUUUAAUCUUGAUCAUCUGUUAAACCCACCGGACGGAAUUCUGGGUUCCCGUUAUUAG